GUUCGUACGUGGAGGGUAUUCGCGCGUUUUUAACGCGAAACUGCACUCCUAGUGCAUUGAUCAUGUUGAUAUUCUCACAUGUGGCUGAACUUCAUGUUUUUGCUUGAGACUAUACCAUACACUUUACUUCAUUUAUUCGUAAUACACCACGGCCAUCCAUGUAGGACAUCUGUACUACCACAUCUAAUAAUUAGAAGAUUGGAAUAAUGAUGAAGGAACCAAACUGAGUCAAUCAUCUUCACUUCUCAGAAAUUAACAUUUAACCGUACUUUCAUGAUGGCAGAAAGGCUAAUGGAGAAAAAUUUCCAUCAAGAUGACAACAUCUUGCAGACGUCCGAAGAAGAAGAAUCUGACGAUACCAGUGCAUGGGACAGUGACCCUGUGACCCAGAGGUCAAAGAGACAGUAUCAUCCAGUCAGAGGUCAUUCAGUCAGAGGUCAUCCGGUCAAAGGUCAACCAGGAGGUGCCAAUCAGUCUGAUGGGAGCGAGGGGGAACCAGAGGCUGAUUCGAACAGGGAUGGUGAAGCCCUGAAUGACGAGAUGCUCAGAGGUGCUACGGAUGAGAAAGAUGAGGUGGAGACGGGAAGUGAAAGGAGGACAGAAGAGAAGAGUGUUUUGAAUGGCGGUGAACUUCAAGCUCGGAUGAAUGGAAGUGGACAUCAACAGAGAAAAUACAGUGAUAGUAGAGAUGAUGAUUAUGAUGAAGAGGAGGAGGAGGAGGAGGAUGUUGAUGGAAGCACAGAAACAGAUGAAGAUGGAGAGAAAUACUUGGGGACGGCAUCUUCAAAUCUUUACCAGCGAAGAGAGGAGCAGUAUAUGAUUGAAAGCUGGAGGAAUCAAGGGAUGAAGGAAAACCGAAUGGAAGAGGAAGAAGAAGACAUCGAGGAGAUAAAUCUUAGCAGAGAAAGCCAAUUCCAGCAGUCUAGGGCGAUGUACCUGCCCUCCUUCGGCUUCCUGGGACCCACCUCCCAUGGUCCCACGUCACUCAAUGCCGUCAUGGGAGAUCUCUUCGGCGGAGCACCCAGUCUGGACAUCAACGAACCUGAUUCAGGGAGCGACUUCGCUGCUGGGAAAGAGAGCUUGCAGGACAUGGAGGAAGGACUCACUGAUGAUGAUCAUGGAAGUCAAGCAAGCAGAGAAGCCAAACAAAGAGAAGAGGAUGAGAACCUUGCCGAGCUGUUUGCAACUCUGAGACAGCAGCAUGAAGAACAGAUGCGAGACCAGCAGGAUCAUCAUAGAAAACAGCUUCAAUGGCUCAAGGAUCAACUCCUCAGUGGAGAAAAGAAUGGCAGCUUCCAAAAUGGUGCUUUGAACCAUGAACCUGCUACAUCUUGUGUCCGACCACAUGUCCAGGGCGCUAGCACAGAGGAAGGGGAUAGUGGUGAAGCUCAUUCUCAAGAAAUAGACACAAUGCGUACAUCUGUAGGCCAGGUGAACAUGGAAGAGGUGCCACUCCUUGACCAGUUGGACGACACCUCUGAGACGUCCACCUAUGUGUCCGGCUCACUGGACAACACCCAGAUGACCACAUGGUCAGAUGUCCAUGAUCAGAAGCAGGGCCAGUCGGGUGAGGGCCAGAGGAACCCACAUCAACAAGCAGCUACUGCAACCGAGGCAGCCAUUCUGCAGCAGAUGCAGCGCAACUUUGAGUUGGAGCAAGCCGCCCUUCAGCAGGAGUACCAGACCCAGGUCAACAAGUUACAGGAAGAGUGGUUGAGCCAGCAACAGCUGCAGACACACCAGAGGCAUCUUGUGGAGGAUAUGUUGCAACAGCAAGAGAAGAGGCUGGAACAGAUGACACCAUCUCAGAAAGAUGCAGAUGAAACCAGUUCCGUCUACUCAGACUUCACCUACUGGAGGCUGGAGGAAGGAGAUACCUACAAGGACCUGCCCCAUUCUAAGCCUAGGGGAGGACAGCCAUCCCUAGAGAGGGACUCUCUCCUGUCAGAUGAUCCACUCUCGGCACAGAACACCCCUCGAGAUGAAAUGGUAUCAUCUAAGCACCAAGGGAAGGGCUCGAAUGGAGCCAAGCUUGUGGAAAGUCCAAGAACAUCGUCAAACCGCAUGGAUCUCCAGGAGAAGUAUUCCCGGCACAUCGCUGACAUGGAAGCUUACUACGAAGGAGAGCUGGAGGACCUCCGUAAGCAGCUGGCUCAGGCCAGGCUAGCAUCAUCUGUCACCAGGCCUGGAAUGGGAGAGGAGCUGGUAGGAGCAGAUGCUAGCGAGCUGUAUCGGCAUUGCCAGGAGCUCCAGACUAAUCUCACUGCUGCUAAUAGUCGGAUACAGGACUUGGAAAAUACUGUGAAGGCCCUUGAAGCGAGACUGUUGGAGUGGCCAGACAGGUACAGCCUUGCUAACAACACCAUUGAGACCCUCCAGAAGAGAGCCGAUGACCUUCUGCGUCUGGUCAAGAAAAGAGAAGAUGACUUCAGCAAACUGGACAGUGGGAACAGAAAGCUGCAGUAUGCACUGCUUGAUGCACAAGAGCAGCAACAAUCCCAGCUGACUGAAGGCAAGAGGGAACAGGCCAUGCUAAGCAAGUUGAUAGCACAGUUCACUCAACUGACAGAGCAACAUGAUAAUACACAGGCUGAGCUGCUGAAGGUCCAAAUGAAACUAGAUGAGGCAAACUUGUUGAUUGGUGAUUUGAAGAGGACGGCUGUACGACAGGAGCUUGAGAUCAACCAGCUAGAAGGAGAAAAGAAGAAACUCCGUGAUCACCAUGACGACCUCCGUCUCAUGGCCAGCCCCUUUCCCUCUCGCCCCCUCCCAUCCACUCUCCUCCCGUCCAGUCCCCAUCUCCAAGAUGGGCUAGGUGAGAUUGAGAAGUCUGAAAAGGAUCAUUCUAAUGUGAACAACUUCUUGACAAGCCCCAAUGAGACAAGACCCAAUCUCUCCGAGGGCAGUUCACAUCACGAAGCAACAACACCAAAGAGCCCGUCAAGUGUAGGAGACAGCUUACGUCUGAGUGUUGAAGACCGGAAAUUUCUUCGGUCAGGAGCAGACUACAACAUCUUGACCGGCCGGAAUCCAGUCCAAAAGACUCCAACCAUCGAUCUAUCUAUUAACACUAAUACAAGCAGUACUAACGAGCAACCUGAUGUCAUAUCUCCAAUCCAAACUACGACCUCACCGCGUGACGGGCUCCAAGCUCCCUUCGACACUGACCUUGAAGAGCGCCCUCUGUCGCCGAUGAUGAAAGCAGCCGCGCAGUUUGACAGAUGGCAGAGCAGUGGCAAGUCACCACGUGGCCAAUUUAAAUUCAGUCCCCCGUCCACCGAGCAGAGAUUUGGUUCCAGCAUGAACAAUACAGAGAUACCAGUGAGAGAUGUACCCAUGAGGAAGAUGGACAAGAAUGGUGACCAAUUAGUUCUGUAUAAAAAGAGGACAAAGGAUGCUAAGAGUGGUGGGAGAAAGGAUCGAGGUAAGCAAAUUGAGAGUCGUGUUGAGAAUGUCAGACUGAGGGUUUCAGCAGCACCUGUUCUGGACAGAGAGAAGGAGAAGUCCACUAGGAGUGCGUCUUACAAGAAACCUUCAACAAUCGCAGAUAUCAUCCAACCUGGAAGAAACAAUGACUCGAGCCUCCACGUCUGGGCCUUGCAUCAAAGCCCGGACAGUAAGACCAGGAACUCUAAAGGUAGCCCAAGACAAGCGGUAUCGGUCUCGCCAAGUCAGGCCGCUCGUAAGAACCUGGCGAAAUAUUCUGUAAAGGAUGGAAGCGGUAGUGGUGGUGCAGGAGGAGGAAGCGAGAGGAAGAAGAGAACAAGUCCCAGGAGGAAUCUGUCCGCCAGCUUUCAAGCGUCGGAGAAGAAGCAGAAGGAUGGAAGGAAUCUGAGGGAGGGAGAGAUGAGCAGCAAGGCAGUCCAGACACCAGGUGCAGGUGAAGACUCGCUAGAGGCUACUCUGCAGAAUGUCCGAGAUGGUCAUGUGAUCACCAGAGCAGACUGGGAGAAUGGCUUUGCAGAGAGUAGAAUGGCUGCAAACAGGAAUGCCAAAAGGGUGACUUCCAAGACAGCCGAGACACCAGAGGCCAUUUUGAAGAGGCUGUCUAAAGAGAGCAAGAAACUAGAUGAUCUCAUGCUAGAGAAAAGAAAGUUGGAGAGUGCACUAUCUCACUUACCGAACUCAGGGCCAGCCAAUGCCAAGAGAAUUGAACAACAGGAAAGACUGGAAGAGAGGCUAGACCAGGUUACCCGAGAGCUUGGAUCGGUCCGCAUGCUCCUCCGCAAGUACAAUGCCCUCAACAUGUCAUUUUAGGCCAGUCCGUCCAAUACAUCCCCAUCGCUCUCUCGUCGUUUGCUCUU